UAACCUGUAAACAGAAGGGCCAGUCUUUCAAGAAGCCUUUGGAGUUGUUAGCUGAGGAGCAAAGCAGAAGUCAGAGUGUUGCUGUCAUUGGUGUUUAUCUACACCUAUACUGCUACAUUUGGAGAAGGAGACAGGAAUAUGUCACAGAGCUUUGCUGCUGGAUCUAGGAAAUAUUCUGAAACUGUAAAUGUCGACAGUCUGUGUUGGACACCUCCCAUAAACUCAAAACAUAGUGUGUGCAUUGAAAACAUACCAUCAGAAAUACUGAUAAAGGUAUUUUCCUAUUUGGAUGCUGUAUCCCUGCUGCACGUUGCUUGUGUGAAUAAGCGCUUCUAUCAGCUGGCCAGUGAUAAUGGAAUCUGGCUGAAAAUCUAUUUCAGUUGUUUUCCAGCAAAACAGAGAAUCUGGAAAAAUGAGUUUUUACGGAUGGAAACUGUUCCUUCGAGCUGUGCUGUUGUAGAGGAUAGAAAGCCUGGAUACUGGAAGAAAGAAUACAUCCUGAAACAAAUAGCUGCUGUCAAAACUAGAGUAAUGCAACUUGUUAAACCUGUAGAUCCAUGUACAGGUCUUCCAUGUAAAAACCAAAAUGCUAUAAAAGCCUCUGGCUUGAGUUGGAUAAUUGUUCUAAAGGACAAAAAUGGAAAGGAACACGUAGUGGAGAAGGCACACCUAUCAUUUAAGCACACGUCUGUUAGUAUAUUUUGGUAUGGUACAGGUUGGCCAUGCUUAGACGUUCUGUCAGCUCUAAAAUUAUUUGGAGUUAUACCACUGCUUCCUGGCCAAAGCGCAGCUUCCAGCAAGAAUGGUCCUCGUCGGCGUUCCUUAAUUGCUGAGUAUUCUCUCUCUCACCUGACUGAAAGCAGUGUAGCAGUUGGGUCUGAUAACCUUGUCCAACUCUUCAGUUUGAAUCCAGGACUUGUUGUAGGACUGUGGAAGGAAAGUAAUGAAAUUGCUUUUGUUAUGGUGAGUCUUCAUUAUCAUCAACUUCUUGAGAGAAGUGCUUUGGGUUCUGCAACAGUUCAGUACGUUCUUCAACCUGAUAAACCUGUGCUGGAUGAUAUUGACCCGGAAUAUGGACUGCAUGACUACGACCUACAUCUUGAUAUGCACGGUGGAAAGCAUACUUACAUGUGUGGAACAUUCAGGAGUCUCUUCUGCAGAAAAGGUGACAUUGAAAAUGGAUAUUUGAAGCUCACAGUUGUAAGCUUAAAGGAUAACGCAAAGCACAUACCUCUUAUUGGGACAGUUGGCUUAUCCUGGGAAACAACUGCCUUUAAAGGCAUUGUAAAGGACUGUUACAUGAUGGAUGUUACUGUCUUGGAUGAAACUCAAAAACCCUUCUGGUGUUUCAGUGCCCCAGUUUGCAUGGAACUCUCCUCCAAAGUGUCCAACCUUUAUGAUUAUAUGGGUCAUAUCUAUACCGUAGUCUAUGCAGAUUCAGAAGGUAAAGUCUGUGCUGAGUUGGUGUGGCUGGAAGAAACCAAAGAGUAUUUCAUAGUCAGUCUUGUUCUUUACCUAAGCACUGAAAAGGUUAAUAAUUGGUAUGGAACAAAGUACUGAUAUAAUUAUAUUGUUGCUUCCCUUGCUUUAAAAUAAUAAUAAUAAAGUGAACCCUGUGUAUUUCAUGUUUAAAAUUUAAUGUGAAUGGGUAAUACUAUUUGCAAGUUUUGCACUUUUGACUUUUCAUUUACAAGUAAAAUUGCGUACAUCUGUUAAUUGACAUUGGAUAAACUUGAAGAGGGACAUUGAUAAAAAAAAAAUUGUUUUUUUUUUUUUUCCUGUUAAACAUCACAUUGUUAGCCUGUUGCUGGUACUGUACGCAUUGAAAAUAUUUUUAGGAAUAAUUUUUUUUUAUAGACACCUUUGAGUAUAGUUAAUAAAUUACUUCUUGUGAGA